CAAAGAACAGCCACACCUACACUGUAGUACUCCUUCAUGCAACGCCACAUACAACUGCUGUUCAGUGUGUUUCCUUGCUGUAGAGAGCCGUGUCAGUAGCACAGAAUAUAUAUUUGCUGAACAUUGCCUUUAUGUGGUUAGGACUGCUAUAUGAGUAAGGAAACAAAUCAGGCAUUUUUAAGAGAUUUGCAACUUCAUGUUGUGCUAAGCCCCGGACGGUGUCAAAUCAUGCCUACCCAAGGCCACAAAAGAGGGUCUAAUGACCCCUCUACUUCAAAUGAUCAGGGCAGGGAAGGUAAUAAACGCCUUUGUGCCAUAGCAAAGGGAACUGCAGCAACACCUACCCUCGAGAUGGAUGUCAUAAAAGUGGCCAAAGAGGGCAUUGGAAAAGUCCUUAGCAGACUAGACAAGGUGUCACCUCCAUAUGCAAACAUGGAUUUCAUUGGUUAUCUAAGGAACAAAAUCUCGGCUUUGGAGGCUAUCAUUGACGACAAAGUUGUUGUUGGUGUAUUUGGGAGGUCAGGAGCUGGUAAGAGCUCACUGAUGAAUGCCAUUUUGGGGGUGAAGACCUUGCUGCCCUCAGGGACUGUUGGCGCAUGCACAUCAGUCAUCAUCCAGGUGGAGGCCAAUAUGACUGACUCCAACUACGUGGCAGAGAUUGACUUCAUUUCUAAAGAGGAAUGGGAGACGGAGCUGAAAUCACUUUUGAAUAUCAAAGAAAUGGAUGGUGAGGAGAAAGAUAAAAGGAUGGUAAAUAUGGCAAACAGUAAAAUCCAGGCAUUGUACGGAGAAGAUGCAGUCGGGAAAAGCUUUGAUGAACUGAAGUCACUGGAGUCAGAGACAUUCAGCGACAUCCCAGAGUUUCUCUCAUCAACUAGGAAAAUCCUGUCAUUUGACACAGCCACUAAGUUCUCUACAGAGAUCGCCUGCUACAUACGAAGCAAAAGAAAGAUACAUGGGAACUCAUCUCAGAUACACUACUGGCCACUUGUGAAGUAUGUGACCAUCAAGAUGCCAAACUCCAAGGAUGUUCUGGAACACAUUGUGCUGGUGGAUCUUCCAGGAACUGGAGACUGCAACAAGGCCAGGGAUGAGAUGUGGGAAUCGUACAUUACUAAGUGCUCCUCUGUGUGGGUCGUGGCUGACAUUGACCGGGCCGCAGCGGACAGUGAUGCAUGGAAUAUACUGGACAACAGCAUCAGUAAUAUGGGUCCUGGUGGACAGUGUCAGAACAUCACCUUCAUCUGUACUAAGACAGACAUCAUCAACCCAGACAAUUAUAUGCGUGAAAUGGACGAUGAAGACCUUCACCUUCACAUAGAGGACUCUUCUAACUAUUCAGAGGAGCAGAAACGUGCAUGCAUAUUGCACCGAAAUCAACAAGCCAAGAUGGAAAUUCAAGAGAAUUACAGCAACCCGUAUGAAAUUAUAGAUGAAAUACAGGUGUUUACUGUUAGUUCUCAAGAAUUCCAGAAGGAUAAUCACUACGUUCUGAGACAAGAAGAGACAGAGAUACCUGAGCUGAGAGCUCUGCUGAAAAGCCUGAAUGACCAAAGGUCAGAAAAAGUGAUGAGAGACUAUGUGAAUGGAGCGUAUGGGAUCCUCUCCCUGGUCCACGUGGUAAACCAUGAGAUCACCAAAUCGAUGGAGACCGAAAAAGAAACAUUGCACAAACUUCUAGAACAAAGGCUGGAAGAUGAGCUCCAGAACAUUGACCAGUUCAUGUCAGACAUUCACAUGGAGUUUGACAAGUGCCUUUCAGCCGGAGUGCUAGAGUCAGAGAAGACAUGUGUGACAAGAGCCAAGGAGGAAGUGAUAGCACCAAAAGGAAAAAGAGGAGGGGGGUACCACCAGACCCUGAGAGCUGUAUGCAACGGCCAGGGGUCCUGCAGGUCAACAAAUGGAGUAAAAACAAAUAUGAACGCUUCUCUGAGCAACUCUCUGUGCGAUUCCAUUAGAAAUAUAUUUUCAAAAACAUUCAAGAAAUCUCAGAAAUCUAUCUCUGCAAAGAUUGAUAAUUUCAGCAUCCUCUUAGAGAGCUAUGAUGAAGAAACCAUGUUUCCUCGGCUAGCAUUCCUCAAAACUGAGGAACACAAAUUGAAAGCAGAUCUUAAAAAUGAGAUCGUCCAGAGGAAGAAGAAAAUCUACUCUUCACUCACCAAGUCAAUCAUGACCACCAUGCUCCCCUCCUAUAUAGGUCAGUCUAACUGUCAGCAUUCAUCUGUCACUAUACAAUCAUGACCACCAUGCACCCCUCCUAUAUAGGUCAGUCUAACUGUCAGCAUUCAUCUGUCACUAUACAAUCAUGACCACCAUGCACCCCUCCUAUAUAGGUCAGUCUAACUGUCAGCAUUCAUCUGUCACUAUACAAUCAUGACCACCAUGCACCCCUCCUAUAU